AUGCCAGUGAUCAAUAUCGAGGAUCUGACAGAAAAGGACAAAUUGGUCAUGGAAGUUGAGCAGCUGAAGAAAGAAGUGACGCUGGAAAGAAUGCUGGUGUCUAAAUGUUGUGAAGAAGUAAGAGACUAUAUUGAAGAAAGAUCUGGUGAAGAUCCCUUAGUAAAGGGCAUUCCAGAGGACAAAAAUCCCUUCAAGGAACUCAAAGGAGGUUGUGUAAUUUCAUGA